AUGUUUCCACAAUACACGGAACGUCAAAUGGGAGGCGAGUUAGCCAUCUGGCUUCUAAUCACUGUCGGUGCUCUGCUUAUUCCUAUUAUUGUAGUUGCCAUUUGUUGCAUACGACGUCAUUUGUCAAGAAGACCUCGCAUAGAACUGAUGGAACGUCGGCCCCCACGUAUGAUGAUAAAUACGAAACAGCUGGAGGCUCUACGUUCGUAUAAUGGCCCUUAUGUGGAAUCGAGUAACGAUGAUGUCGGUGUGUCAGCUGAGAAUAAUAUUGCUCUAACUUUUUCACGUGCAAAUUCACUUAAAAAGCAACAUGUUCAUUGGUUUGAUAGAUCAAUAACAUCAAAAAUAGAUGAUUUCUAUUCAAUAAAACAUCAACAAUGCACACCACAAAAACAAUCUAUUUCUGGAGAAGAUAUUUUCAAUCCUACAAUGCUUACUGAAUCCCCAUUAGCUCAUCGUAAUCAUGCUGUUAUACCGAUUUCUUCGUCAGCUCUUUCUCAUUUCAUUCCAACAAUGAUUAUUCCAGCUGGUUCUGCAGUUGGUAAUACUGGUACUAGUCAAUUAUUAACAUCAUCUAAAGAAUAUACGUCUAUUUCAGUUAAUCAUAAUAUCAUCAUGUAA